AUGGUUUCUACCUAUCUUUCUUGUCGAAAAAACUUACAUUUAGAUCACGGUACCAUUGAUUUUGGUGAUAAUAGUUUAGAUUUAGAAUUGCUUAAAAAAAAGUUAAAGCAAAUCCACGAAUACGGAGAUCCGGAAUUGAAAGAUGAAUUAUUGAAAAUUAUUGAUUCUACUAAAAAUUCUGACUUAGGAGAAUACGAAAAAGAGGUAAAAUUUGGGUCAGGAACUACGCCGGUUAAAAAGAAAAUUGACUUUUCUAAGUUUAUACUACUAGCCUCUACUUCUACUUCAAAUCCCCAAUUGUCUAGCGAACUAAGCGAAAAAAUGAAUCCUAUUGAAACUAGUUGCGACGAAACCAGCAUUGCCGUUUUGGAGAAUAAAAAAAUUCUUAGUAAUGUUACCAUUUCCCAAAUAUUAGAGCAACAAAAAUAUGGAGGAGUAAUGCCUAGUUUAGCGGCUAAAUUACAUGUUAAAAACAUUCAAAAAGUUCUCCAAAAGGCUUUGCAAGAAGCCAAAAUUUCCCCGGAAAAAAUUGACUAUAUUGCUUAUACGGAAAAGCCCGGACUAGUUAUUUGUCUUCAAAUUGGAAAAGCGGUAGCCGAAACACUUUCUCUUUACCUAAACAAACCACUUUUUCCCAUUAAUCAUUUAGAGGGACAUGUAUAUGCCAGCGAAAAGCUAGAUGAUGCAAUUGGCGAAUGCUUAGACAAAUCUGCGAUUUUACUCGGUUAUAACUACCCCGGAGGACCAAUCAUUGAAAAAUUAGCACUGAGCGGAGAAAAAAAUUAUAAACUGCCUCUACCGAAAAAUGACAAAAGUCUAGAUUUUAGUUUUAGUGGUCUAAAAAGUGAGAUAUCUCGCCUAGUAAAUAGUGAAAAAAAAAAUUUGAAUGUUAAUAAUUUAGCCUGCUCUUUGCAACAUACUUUGGCUGAAAUACUAACUAAAAAAUUAAAAAGGGCUUGGUUGAUUACCCAUGCCAAAACCAUUAUCAUUGGUGGUGGAGUAAUCGCUAAUUAUUUUUUAAGAAAUUAUCUUACUCGCGAAAUAAAAAAAUGGGACAAAAAUAUAGAUAUAUUUAUACCAAAUAUUAAAUAUUCCACUGAUAAUGCUGCCAUGAUAGGAGGGAAAAAAUUUGUUAUUUGGUUCAUAAGACGAAAAAAUCAAUUAAAUUUAAAUCAUGACUCAGCAACUGAAUCUACUCUGGAAAUUGUAAAGUCAGGUUUUGAAGUAUGGAGUAAUGAUAUGGGAGAUGGAGUAAAUGGUAAAAUCGCCUUAACAGCUCCUAUUUUUCUGAUUGACGGCGGUGCCUCUAGAAAAGUAAGUAAUAUAAAUAGAGUUAUUAUUACUGGCCCAACUCCUAUUUUGACCACUUUUUAUCGUCUCGUGCUUCUUAAACUCAAUAAUAGAAAUGGUUUUCAGUUAAUUAUUAAUAAGAAUCUUAAUCAAGCGAGCGAUUAUUGA